AUGCAGAACACGAAUGGUGGACAAGCUCCAAGCAGCCUACAGCUCUGGCUCGACUCCUUCAGUCUUUCAGGCCACCGUCCUCCGCGGACGCGUGCGGCGGAAUCCAUUCCGGUGACUUCGCAGGCGAGGCAGCAACAAUCCCUUGACGACCGACCUUUCUUGCACCUCGACGAGACCACCACAAGAAACGACGAUGGCGAUGGCAAGGGUGACGGUGACGAGACGGUUCUAUAUCUGGGUUACGGCUCCAACCUGAGUGCCGAAACAUUUCGGGGCAAAAGAGGCAUCCGGCCGGUCUCACAGGUCAACGUCGUGGUCCCGGCUCUGUCCCUCACCUUCGAUUUGCCGGGUAUACCGUACACGGAACCGUGCUUUGGCAACGUGCGACGUCGAGACGAAACCCUCGAGUCGGAGGAUUACCACAAAGACCACUGGUCCAAGGGGCUCGUGGGCGUGGUCUAUGAAGUGACGAAGGAGGACUUCGUGCACAUCAUCGCAACAGAAGGAGGUGGGUCGGGAUACGAUGACGUGCUGGUGGAUUGCUUUGCCCUGAGCGGUGAGCCCAGUCAAGACGUGCCGCUGAAGCCGACGGGACAGCCGUUCAAGGCGCACACGCUCUUCGCCCCGUCGAAGUUAUCGCGGCCGGAUCAUUCCUAUGCGCAGCCCAGCGCGAGGUACCUCAAGUUGAUCACCGAUGGCGCGACUGAACAUGGACUGCCGCUGGAGUAUCAGGCAUUUCUGCGCCAGAUUAGGCCCUUCCGCAUGACAACCACGAGACAGAGACUGGGGUCGUUCGUGUUCUUGAGCGUGUGGUCCCCCUUCUUGUUGUUCCUCAUUGGAGGAGCGGCGGCGAUAUUUCUGCAGCCGGACGGCACGUAUCCGAAGUGGUUUGCCGAGUUCUUGAACGCUAUGUUUACGGCUUGUUGGGCGAGCUACGACCAGUUCUUCAAGGAGCUCUUUGGCGACGGAGAGAGGACGAUCGGUGACGACGAAGAUGAUGACCGGUAUGUCAGCGGUGGCUCAGUGCUUGAUGAGAAAGAGCGCUUGAUCGAGAGACGCGGGGACAAGUAUGGUGCGGUGAGCACGGUUGAACAAGUGGUGUGA